GUACGAAGUUACCCAGGUAGGUAUGCAACUAUGUACUAUAUGCGGGGUAGUUAGCUAUCUUUGUAUUGGUCCUCCGUCUUAGUAAAGUUUAUCGAUUGGAAAUUGAAUAAACCUACAUGUACAAGCUGAGUCAACCUUGAACAGCAAAGGGAAGGAACAUUGAAGUCCGGAACUGGAAACAAAUACAUACAUGUAAUAAUGGCACAAGCAGAUGUUGUUCUACCCUCUCUGGACACUGUCCGAGAGAUCCUCUCCAACUCACAAGCAGGGCCCAAGAAACCGAAUCUCGUUCCAUUAUACGGCCAGAUCUCGGCCGACUUGAUUACACCUUCAGCCGCAUAUCUUAAAGUCUCGGCUCAUUCAAAGUCGGACUUUUCAUUCCUCUUCGAAAGUGCUGCUACAGAACGUGUAGGCCGAUAUAGUUUCGUCGGUGCCGGUCCUCGUAAAAUCCUCAAAACGGGAGAAGGCCAUGGAGAGUCGAUAGAUCCACUGCCUGUACUUGAAGAGGAGUUAUCAAAGCAUGUUGUCGCCGACGUACCAGACCUCAGGCUACCACCACUUACUGGUGGUGCGGUUGGCUAUGUCGGCUACGACUGCGUGCGGUACUUCGAGCCCAAGACAGCCCGACCUAUGAAGGAUACUAUUCAGAUACCGGAGUCGCUUUUCAUGUUAUUCGAUACUAUCGUGGCUUUCGAUAGAUUCUUUGGUGUCAUCAAAGUCAUCACGUACCUUCACAUCCCCGAGAACCUAGAUACUCUAGCAGAUGAAUAUAAUAAAGCUACCGCAACUAUCCAGGACCUCAUCGACAUCCUCAAUUCCCCCGAGAUACCUAUUCCCGAACAGCAACCCAUCAAGCUUGGCCAAGAGUAUACAUCUAAUAUCGGCCAGCAAGGUUACGAAUCCCAUGUAACCGAAUUGAAGAAGCACAUCGUCGCCGGCGACAUCAUACAAGCCGUUCCCUCCCAACGAUUCGCUCGCCCGACCUCGUUACACCCCUUCAACAUUUAUCGUCACUUGCGAACAGUAAACCCCUCGCCAUACCUCUUCUAUAUCAACUGCCAAGACUUCCAAAUUGUGGGCGCAUCACCAGAACUACUGGUAAAGGAGGAAGAGGGACGUAUCAUCACGCAUCCUAUUGCGGGUACCGUGAAGCGCGGCAAGACUCCUGAGGACGAUGAGCGACUUGCUAGCGAGUUACGAAACUCGCUGAAAGACCGUGCCGAGCACGUCAUGUUGGUGGAUUUGGCACGUAAUGAUGUCAACCGAGUCUGUGACCCCUUGACAACUAGAGUGGACCGGUUGAUGGUAGUGGAGAAGUUCAGUCAUGUUCAGCAUCUCGUUUCUCAAGUAUCGGGUAUUCUACGACCGGGGCAAACGAGGUUCGAUGCCUUUCGAUCGAUAUUCCCUGCCGGAACAGUGUCCGGUGCCCCCAAGGUACGAGCGAUGGAACUCAUCGCUGAACUGGAGAAGGAGAAGAGGGGUGUAUAUGCGGGAGCCGUAGGUUAUUUCGGAUACGGGAGCGUAGAUAGUAGCGGUAAUGAAAUACAGGGUGCUAUGGACACCUGCAUUGCGCUGCGAACUAUGCUGGUUAAAGACGGAGUAGCAUAUCUCCAGGCUGGGGGUGGAAUUGUUUUCGACUCGGACGAGUAUGAAGAAUGGGUCGAGACGAUGAACAAACUUGGUGCUAACAUGCAUUGCAUUACGUCGGCCGAAAACCUCUACGCAAGAAGACAAAAAUAGAUACAACUUAAUAAAAUGAGAUCUACAAGUUUACACUAUCGUAUGCGCUUGCGUUUGUAGCAUGUUAAUAAAAAUUAAAGAAGAAAACGAGGAAUGUGGCUGGGUUAGAAGCAGAGAACUUUAAAAUGGUAUUUCACAUCUCGCCUCCUUUUUUUCGCCACGGGAAUGUGAGUGACU